CCUUCAUACACAGGCUGUGUUUGACUUGGAAUCUUCCCGUUUUUAUACUCCAUACAAUUGACUCAGCAGGGUUUCAAGAGCAGCAUUUGUACAUUUCCAGAAUGGAGAUCUCCUCUCAUCAGUCUCACCUCCUGCAACAACUGAAUGAGCAGCGCCGGCAAGAUGUGUUUUGUGAUUGCAGCAUUCUAGUUGAAGGGAAGGUCUUCAAAGCACAUAGAAAUGUAUUGUUUGCUAGCAGUGGCUACUUUAAAAUGCUUCUUUCUCAGAAUUCAAAGGAGACAAGUCAGCCGACCACAGCCACAUUUCAGGCUUUCUCCCCUGACACUUUUACAGUUAUCCUGGACUUCGUCUAUUCCGGCAAACUCUCGCUCACUGGUCAGAAUGUCAUAGAAGUGAUGUCAGCUGCCAGCUUCCUUCAGAUGACUGAUGUCAUUAGUGUAUGUAAGACCUUUAUUAAAUCUUCAUUAGACAUUAGUGAGAAAGAAAAAGAUCGCUACUUCAGUCUCUCUGAUAAAGAUGCCAAUUCUAAUGGUCUAGAACGUUCCUCUUUGUAUAGUGGUAGCUGGCAAAAAGAAAGCAGCUCUCCACAUUCUCACCUAAGCUCAGACCAAGGAACAGGUGUCAUAAGUGGAAAAUCUUGGAAUAAGUAUAAUUACCAUCCAGCCUCCCAAAGGAAUACUCAGCAACCCUUGGCCAAGCAUGAACAAAGGAAAGACUCCAUUAAAAAGUCCAAACAUUUGAGGUUGUCACAGCCAUCUGAAAUUGCUCAUUAUAAGUCAAGCAAACGAGAAGCACGAACAUCUGAUUCUUCUGGCCAUAUUUCCCAAUCUGAAGAACAAGCACAAAUGGAUGCUGAAGCGGACUCAGCUCCUGUCAGCUAUCAGUAUGGUCAAGGAUCUGAUGUCAUGUCAAGAAGUUUUCCAGGUGAUCUGCCCAGGAUGCGAUUCAAGUGCCCAUAUUGCACACACGUUGUUAAGCGGAAAGCAGACCUAAAGCGCCACCUUCGUUGUCACACAGGAGAAAGGCCCUAUCCAUGCCAAGCCUGUGGGAAAAGAUUUAGCAGGCUAGACCAUCUCAGUAGCCAUUUUCGAACAAUUCACCAGGCAUGCAAACUAAUCUGCAGGAAAUGCAAACGCCACGUGACUGAUGUGACAGGUCAAGUGGUACAGGAAGGAACCAGGCGCUACAGACUCUGCAAUGAGUGCCUUGCUGAAGUUGGCAUAGACAGCCUCCCCAUUGAUUUGGAAACAGAACAGCAUCUUAUGUCCCCAUCAGAUGGAGAUAAGGAUUCCAAAUGGCACUUGAGUGAAGACGAGAAUAGGUCGUAUGUAGAGAUUGUAGAGGAUGGGUCUUCCGAUCUGGUCAUACAACAGGUUGAUGAUAGUGAAGAAGAAGAAAAAGAAAUAAAGCCCAACAUUAGGUAGCUGUCAUGUGAACUGACAGGGCUGGCAUGUCUGCAACUUACGUUGACUUCCUGUGUCUCUCUCUUUCCACGGUCAGGGUCUGGUUAACAAAUUACCAGACUAACCAGAUAUCACUUGCAUGCUUUCUGAACAGGCCUCUGUAUCCGUUCUGAACUUUGUUGCCCUAACAUAUGUUGCUGCACUGGAAAGAAAGGCCUAGCUUGAGUUGGCAUGAUGAACAAUUAAACCUGUUACUUUUAUUACAGAAAUACCUUUUUGCUUUUAAUAAUGGGAGAUCUAUCUACUUAGCAAAAAACCGUUUUCAAAAAGUAUUUGAAAUAAAUUUACCACAACCAAACUUUAUAUAUAAUUUCAAGAUGUUUUAAAAACACAUCAACUAUCAAUAUUGACUUAUCACAGGAAACCAAGUAAAGAGCACAUCUAAGAGUCAGGCACCCAUCCUGACUGAACUAAAGCUUGCUGUUAAGAUCCACAACUAUCUAUCGUUAUUCUGAUAUCCUAAAUGUUUUAGGAUUAUGGCAGAAGACAUAUCUAAAAUGUUUAAAAUGGUUCAUAUUUGAACUUUUUAUCAUUAAAAAAUUACUCUUAUGUCAGUGUUGUUAAGAAAAACAAAAACAAUACUUAAAGUGGAGGCUGAUGAGAGAUUAUAUACAGAUAUCAUUUUCUUAAAGCAGGAAACUAAUCCUGCCUAAAAGUCAAGACAGUCUGUAGAUCUGUCAAUGUAGUUCUCUUCCUCUCUAAAGAAAAAUAAAACCCCAAAACAAGAAAACUGGAGGUUCUUACCAGUUCUUAAGAGCAAUUUCUAACAUUUAUGUACUGCUAUAUUAUUUGUAAAGUGCUCGUGCACAUUUUCUCACCUAAUCAGCAAGGUAAAUAUUAUUGUCUGUUUUACAAAUGAGGAAAUUAAGGUCAGAAAGUUUAAGUGAUGCGACUGGGGAUUGGAUAAGUUUUGCUUUUAAACAGUCCUCUUUCAACCGUUUCUCCCCGUAUUGUCCACUGAAAUGAAAUGGAAGUCAAACCUCACCAACCUGCAAUAAUUAUAAAAAGAAGCCUAUCAGAAUUAGAAAGUAUGAAAGAAGAAUUUAAUCAUCUUCAACAACAUAUAAUAUCUUUAACUAGAUUUAUUCAAAUAGUGCUAAGUAAUGUCCCUACAGUAUCUAUUGACAUGUUUUUAUGUCAUUAUUUAUAUGUAAAUUUUAUAUAUAAAACUAUUUGAACAAGUUUUUCUCUUAACUACUUUAAGCAUUUUUGCAUAUCUUGUUGAUGUAAUUUUUCAGAACAAACUUUUCUCCUAGGAUACAAAGUUAAGUUUAAAUUCUUCCCCUGUAUGAAUUAUGAAACAUUCCAAAAUUAGUUAAAUUGGAGCAUUUUAGUUGUAAAGAUAAAAUCUAAAUACCAGAAGUAGAGAACUGACUUUCAUAAAGGUGUCUGCAAGGUAUCACAAGUUUGAUAUAAUUUAAUUUUGAGAGGCUCCAUGUAUUAUAUUUUUAAGUGCCAUGACAUACCUCAAGAUGAUACUUCUUGUUAUUUUCUCUUAUUCUUUAAUUAAUGAUUGUCCUUGAUACCAAUUUGUGGGCUAAAAUGGUUAAUUUCUUAAAAAAAAUUAUAAAUAGAUGAAUAACCACUUUGUUUUAUGGUAUUUAAUUCUAAGACUUUUUCAAGAUUCCUCUGAUGGUAAAUUUCCAGUUGCUUCAAGACUGGAUAGUGUGCAUUGAGUUCAUUGUUCUCUCAACAUGACUGUUCCUAAAUUAGGAGUCUUAACAAUUAAGUUGUAUCCUAAUGAGGGAGGGAACACUUGUCAUUCUGUAGUCUCACCAGAUGAUGGUAACAUCAUCUUUCAAAAUUAUAAUCUGAUUUUUAGUUAUUGGAGCCAAUAGGGAAAAUGACUGAUUUGAGCUUUAGUCAUAGAAAUGUAGUGCUCGCAUGUGAAUACUCUAAUGCACUUUAUGAUCUACAUGUUCUUUUAUGCUGUUAUCUUUUGCACGCAGACUUUACAUACAUCAGCAUGCAUUUCAGCAGAGUCCACGGAACACAGUGCACUUGCAGAGCCCUGGCAGAAAUAGUCAGUGCUUUCUUAUAAUUGUUUAUCACAAACAUCAAGCAAUCCCCACCAAACAGCUAUCAAGUUCACCAAACUAGUCAGCGCAUCUGUUCUAUCAUCUUAGUUUCAUAAAAGAACAUUCACGACAUCCUUGUAAGUUGUAAAUAAUACUCCAGUUAUCAUAUGUACCUAAGACGUUAGAGACCAGUUCUUUUCUAGAGUGAAACUGUUUUUAAUGGUUUCUGAGAAAACUGAAUUCUUAGGCUUUAGGAGUAUAAUCUGUUAAUAUAAGCUUUAUUGGUGCCAAGGAUUUUUUUUAAUAUUUGGAAAAUAAUGGGAAUUGGUUAGACCAGUUUGCUGUUGCAGGAGUGCUGUUUAUCAGCUUCUGAACAACACCCUUCUAACUCUGGUCCCCAAGAGGUCUUGUUGACAGAAUGAAAUUUUGGGAAAAUAAACCACCACUGAAGUUGUGCCUAGUAUCUGGAGGAAGCAAAAUAGACUAGAUCAGUGUCUUAAAAGAUUGUUUUUUAUCCAAGAAACCCUUUCUUCAAAUGAAUUGUUGCAUAGAGAAGUUCAACAUUGAAAGGAGAAACUCUAAAAUCAAAGCUGCUUUGGUUAAAGCCCCCUAUGAGCUUUUCCCUAGGCACCUUGGCAGAGCUCAGGAAUACAGCACUGAAAACCUUGGAACUAAGUAACUUUUUGAAUUCUCUUUGAGCAUAAUAGUCUCACUUCAUUACUCCUAUUACUGCAUUUAUAAGCCGGUAAUCAUAGGGUCUCUUAGCGCAGCAAAUCACAUCCUCAUUAUAUAGUCUUCCUUCUAUAGUUAUCAUAUCUUAAGACUUUUUAAGAACACAUUUUUCAAUAUUGUAUUUUUGAGUGAAGUCAAAACAAACAUAGUACGCUUUUUUUGUGCCCAAGUUAGUGCUUAAUGGAUGAAAAAAGUUCUUGUUUUAAUUACUUAUGGGCUCAGAACUCAAUUCAUUGGUUAUUUUGCCAAGUCAUGCUAAGAUAUAUUGAAAUUUCCAUUCAUAUUGUUUAUAUAGACAUAUUUUUUGAGUCCUAAAAUUAAUACUAUGGAAAAUCACUAAAAACAGUACAGCAUAAGAUUUGGUUAACUGGGAAAGGUGAUAAUAGGUACUGGAGGACCAAACUUUAGAUUAUAAGUGGAAAGUUCUAUGUUAUUUUAUAUUAGAGUGGAUCAGUAUUUCUAUUUAUCAUUUAUAUAGCAUUUUAUAUUUGCAAAGUAUUUAAUAAUUUUUGUUACUCUUUACAUAUCUAUGAAAUAGGAGUUAUCCCACAUGAAAGUUAAAGAAAUUGAGGCACAGAACAGUAAAGCAACCUACCUAAGUCAACCCAGUGAAACGCAGGCAAAAAUAGAAAUUACAAUGAUCCAAUUUUCUGAAUCCUGGAAUAUCAGCUUAAUUCACUAAGGUGUGUUGUGUAUUACUCUAUUUUAUAAGAUGAUUUUAUACAAAUAACAAUUGUUUUAAAGCUGACAUCAUUGUAUGUGGAUAAAUCCUAUACAGAAUAAAUAUUAUGUAAAGGGUGUGACUUUAGUUAUAUGAGUUUCAGUGAUAAAAUUCAGGCUAUCAUAGAAAUGGCACUGUUUAGCCAGCUGCUUCAUAUAUUUUAAUGUAUAAUUAAUAUUUUAUUUUGAUACAGGAGCUUCUUAACUAUUCAUGCUAAUGGAGCCAUGAAUAUACCAGAAAAAUGGAAUCUACACAGGAUCUAUAAACUUCAUUUUCUAACAUGUCACCCUUCUCCCUAUAGAACUUGUAUUAAUGCCAACAAAAAGUCAAGUAUGUUAACAAGCAAUAAAUCACACAGAGGAGAAGCCAAGGGACUCAACUUUUAAAGGCAAAAUAUUUUGAAAUGCACUAAGUAGCAUGAUAAACACUGCUCAUCCCUUCUUAAUUUUUCACAUCAGCAAAAGCCAUUGGAUAUUUAAUCACCUUUAGAUAGGAAACCAGGGACCAGGGGAAUACCAGUUACCGCUUUGCCUGUGGGCUUGAUUAGAUCAUUUGCAAACAUUAUUACAUUGAAUACAGCUUGUAAAGUACAUCUAAGAAUUUAUUAUACUUUGCUUUGCUCUUGUAAAUUUCUAGAUACACAAAUCCAUUAUAUAGUUUCUUGAUUUUUCCAUUGGGAAAAUGUUCUAAUUCCUUGUUGAUACUAUUUAUAACUACUUAAUUCCUUUAUUAAAAAAUAACUUAUUUUUAUUCAGCUCAUAAGGAGAAAAUAACGGAACAACAUUUCUGUGUACACCAUAGUUCUCAAGCUUGGCUGCACAUUACAAUCACUUGUGGAGUUCUGAAAACUACAGAUGCUUAGGCAAAUCAGACUCUCUGGCAGAUGAAUCCUGGGCAUAUUUUUAAAAAUCUUCCCAGCACUUUUUAUGUGCAAAAUAGGUGCCCUAUUCAGGGUUUCCCUCUGUCUUCCCCAUAUAGAUGCUAGGUAACGGACAGUCAGGCCAUUUGACCUUCUGGUUCACUAAGUUCUCAAUCCUAUUAUUAAGGAAAAAAUUUAAAAAUACGGAUGCGCAGCCCAAGAAAAAUAAUAAUUUUGUGAAAUUUCAAGAUACUGUGUAUGUUCCCUUAAGAUUUUGUUAGGGACAAAUAACAUGAAAAUUAAAUUAUUGGGUAGUCUUAAAAUAGCCUAUUUUUACUUUGGGAUGCGUCUGUAUUUUAUUUGAUUUUGGGUGUUGCAUUCUGGGAAUUCACAUAGUACUUCAGACUAAUAAAAGAACUGUAUUAGGAACAUGUGACUGAAAUACUAUAUCCUGAAAUUUUGAAAGCUUUAAUGUUUUCUUUGCUUU